CUCUCUUCUCCACUAUGGACAGAGCCACCGCGGAGCGGCUGCCUGUCCGCCACAGACCCGGCUGACAUGGGCACCGUCGGAGCAACGCCGCUGUGCUGGGCCAUCCUUGGCUUCCUCCUACUCCAAGGCCACCACUCCCAGCCCACGACAAUGCAGACAUCUCGCCCUCAGGGAGCCUUCAGCCAUCAAAGUCUAACCACAAAGCUACUUUCUUCCAACAUAGGAGACAGCCCUUCCUCAGAGCCCAGCAGCCCAAGCCCUCUGGCCAGCACUGGGACCCCAGCAGCUCCAGAGAAGGCCUCACAGGUCCUCAUGGUAGCCAGGAAACCCGUGACACCGAGCACCAGUACUGUGGAUGGUCACUCCCAGUCCCCGCUGGGCCUGACUCAGUCCCAGACACAGAAGUACACAGCAGGACUUGACACUUCUCAAAAUAUUACUCCCAUAUCAACCACCAUGAGUCUGAGGACAAGAGAAGACUCUUCCAUCCUGCCCAGCCCCACAUCAGAGACGGUGCUCACUGUGGCUGCAUUUGGUGUUAUCAGCUUCAUUGUCAUCCUGGUGGUUGUGGUGAUCGUCCUAGUCAGUGUGGUCAGUCUAAGGUUUAAGUGUCGGAAGAACAAAGAGUCUGAAGAUCCCCAGAAACCUGGGAGUCCGGGGCUAUCUGAAAGCUGCUCUACAGCCAAUGGAGAGAAAGACAGCAUCACCCUGAUCUCCAUGAAGAAUAUCAACAUGAAUAACAGCAAAGGAUGCCCCACAGCAGAAAAGGUUCUUUAGAAGCAAUGUUGGGUCCCCAUGGGUCAAAGGAUGACGCAGCUGCCCUGUGUCUGUAAAGAGGAAGGCGAUGGAAGUGGUAGAGGCACGAACCACAUAUAAAUUAUUUUAUUAUUUCACACUUACUCCAAGAUCUAAAAGGACACUGGCAUUCCUCCAGAUCUAGGAGCAAGCUGCCAGUAUGAGAGACUCUUUCCCAUAUGGGCAGCCACUCUGGAAACACAGCCUGCUCCUCCCACCUGCUCACCGUCACAGGAAGGGGGAGUCUGGAGAGCAAGAGCAAGGAAAAUGACAAAGUGGAGUGGCCUUUGCUACUUUGCAUUAAAAUUAUUUUCUGGCCGACGGUCUAAUUUCUUUUAA